AUGACGGUUUACCAACACUACGCAUUCAAUGGCUUGGCACGGUGUCUUGCUGCGCGCCUUCCGCUGAACACCCUACCCACGCUUCCGUUGUUGCGCACCCCCGCAAACCGACUAUUCUCGACGACAAGCAGAUAUGCGAAAAAGAUAGACUUGACACAGAAGCAAGAGGAACUAGUCUCAAACGAGGAACCGGUGAAGGAGACGCAGCAACAUGCAAACCGAAAAGGCACCAGGAAGAGUGCUGGCAAGACGUCGUUGCGGAGUAUCGCCGUCGAGGCACAGAGAUCGCGAGCUUUCGUAAAGUCAAGAGGAAGGACACGCUUCAUAGACCCAGACGCUGAAACCAAGACGGUAACCGCGUACUGUGCGGCCGAAACAUACGACAUUGCUGUUGCCGCUCGACUAGUCAAAGCCCAAGGCUACGAUCUCGAUCCUUUCCAGACCGGCUUGUACCCGCAGGUCAUACAUGUCCAGACUUCGGACCGACCAUCAGAGGUCAAAGAUUUCCAGCAAGGCGAUAUCUUCAUCUUCCCAUCUGGCACAGUGGUGACAUGGAAUGUCCGGGAAAGAGAGGCGCUGAAGCUGGUCAAUCAAGUGCUACCAGCAGCAGCUGAAGGCUCACACCUAGACUUGCUUGAAACGGAAGAUCUGGACUAUCUCGAAGACUCCAGCAGAGAAACCAGCGAGGUAGUCGGCGACACCAUCGUUCUCGGCACAAAAGCAGAGCCAGUAUCCGACAACCCACCAUCAUCUCAACCCGACGAAUCUCUCAACUCGACUGACCAACGCCACGAAGUAGAUACUGUUCUAGCCAAGAUAGCCUUCUCUUCUGGUCUCGCCCGUAGCACCAAACUCGCCGUUCUAGAAACCCUCCUAUCAGCCUAUCAACACUCAACGCGCGAUAUCCCUGCCAUGCUAGCCUCCUCCAAAACCAUCUCCCCCCGGCGCAGUGCCCCCUUUACACGUUCUUUCAUCCUACGCAAAACCGGUGAACUACUCUCCCUUCGCGCUCAGCUAAAUCUCUACUCGGAGCUCACCGACAGCAUGCCUGACAUCUUCUGGGAUUCGCGGCACGAGCUGGGUUUAGGCGAGUACUACGACCAAGUUGGGCGCGCCCUGGAUGUUGGGGUACGAAUUAAGGUGCUCAACGAGAAGAUUGGAUUUGCGCAGGAAAUUGCUAGUGUGCUAAGGGAGCAGCUGAGCGAGAAACAUGGGCUGAGACUUGAGUGGGCAAUUAUUGCACUCAUUGCUGUAGAAGUUGUGCUUGAGUUUUAUCGGCAUUGGGAUGAGCGUAGGGGCAAGGACGAUCCGGAAAGUACCGAGGCGUUGCUGAGGAGUCAUUUGGAGAGGUUAGCCGAAAGGAAGGAGGCGGAGCCUCGAACUGCAUAG